UAUCUCUUUCUCCUAAUUUCAGAUUCUACAUAGUCGCUGUGGUAGCUUUCACCUUUUCCUCUGAAAUCAUGCAAAAUCAAAGCUUUGUAACUGAGUUUAUCCUCUUGGGGCUUUCACAGAAUCCAAAUGUUCAAAAAAUAAUAUUUGUGAUAUUUUUGUUUGGCUACAUUGCAACCAUUGGGGGCAAUUUGCUAAUUGUGGUGGCCAUCAGCAGCAGCCCAGCACUUCUGGGCUCCCCCAUGUACUUGUUUCUGGCUUUCCUGUCCUUCCUGGAUACGUGCUUCUCCUCCGUCAUGGCCCCAAAGAUGAUUGUGGACUCCCUCAGUGUGAGGAAAACCAUCUCCUUCAAGGGCUGCAUGACCCAGCUCUUUGCUGAACACUUCUUUGCUGGAGUGGAGAUGAUUGUUCUCACCAUCAUGGCCUAUGACCGCUAUGUGGCCAUUUGCAAGCCUUUGCACUACCUCUCCAUCAUGAACUGGAGGCUCUGUGGUAUUCUGAUGGGGGUAGCCUGGACAGGGGGCUUCUUGCAUUCUGUAGUACAAAUCCUCUUUACUUUCCAGCUGCCCUUCUGUGGCCCUAAUGUCAUUGAUCACUUCAUAUGUGAUUUGUACCCAUUAUUGAAACUUGCCUGCACUGACACUCACAUCCUUGGCUUUUUGGUUGUGGCCAGUAGUGGGUUAAUCUGCAUCAUAAACUUCUCCUUGUUGCUUAUCUCCUAUUGUGUCAUCUUGUUCUCACUGAGAACUCAUAGCUCUGAAGGUCGGCGGAAAGCUCUGUCCACCUGUGGAUCUCACAUUGCUGUUGUGGUUUUGUUCUUUGUCCCUUGCAUAUUUGAGUAUGCACGACCUCCAUCUGCUUUCUCCUUCGACAAGAUGGUGACUAUAUUUUACACCAUCCUAACUCCCCUGCUCAAUCCUUUGAUUUACACUUUCAGGAAUAAGGAAGUGCAAAAUGCCAUGAGGAAGUUGUGUAGCAGAUUGCUGGUGGUUUCUGAUGACAAAUAAAACAUUAAUCUAAAAAAAAUGUAUAACUUCAAGAUUAAAAAAAAUCAGAACGUGGUUAGUCAAGAACUUUGUAGAGAAUGGACCUUGUAAAACAGAAGGUAAUGUAAUGCAACAGAAGAACGCUCAAGAGGAGGUCAGGAAAUGCUUCUUCUGCCCUCAGAUCACUCCUCAACUUGAUGUUGGCAGUUCAACAUCCUUAUACAAGAACUUAAGAGAGUUUAAUUUUAUGCUUAUUUAGAAUAUAAUAAUAAAGGAAAU